AUGCAGCUUCACCAAUACUCAUCUCUGGCUCGCCCGAACUCCAUUAAUACCUUGUUGAGAACAGACCAAGCCUCUAGGUUCUUUCCGCCGGAUACCCUUAUGUACGCGAACCCUGUUCCUUUCCUCUCAAAUCUGCACGCUGUGUACCCAUCUCCCUCUGUCUACGAUGCUUCAACACAUCUGCCUCAACCCUCUCCGCUCGGAAGUCUCACCGCUGCCGGUGAUGCCAGUCCUUACGCUUAUCUCCAGUAUAUAGAACGGCAUGUUGAUGAUAUGAUUCCUUUGGCUCCAACGAUGCGACACCACGAGGAGGAUGAAACCGAGACAAAGCGACAGAGGAAAGAUUCAGUGUCAAUUUUGGCUGCGGGAGCAGAUUCCCUUCCACCAGAUACCACCGAUGGGUCAUUACUCGGUCUUCCGAGUCCACAUGACCUGGUUAUUCAAGGAUAGGACUAGAAUAGUGACCGCACUAUGUCUCUCCCAGGACAGUAAUAAUUGAGUGGCGGUAUCGCAACAUCCAAUACACCCACACUCGCACCCGCACGCACCUAUGACAGUGCAUAGGCUAUAAACCUUUACCAGAUAUACAACUCAUCUGCUACUU